AUGUCAGACGCCUCAAGGCUGCAGAGUACCGUUUAUGUGGGAGGCUUAGACCAAGCAGUGACUGCGCAGACCCUUGCUGAGGCAUUUAUACCGUUUGGUGAAGUAGUUGAUAUCACCUUACCCAAACCCGAUCUCCCGUCUUCAACUGAUCUACAUCGAGGGUUUGGAUAUGUCGAGUUUGAAGUAGCCCAGGAUGCAAAAGAAGCGAUUGAUAAUAUGGACCAGAGCGAGCUCUACGGUCGGGUAAUCAAGGUCGUUGCAGCAAAACCACAGAAGGAUAGCAAUGAAGGACUUGGAAGCAAAACUGCUAUUUGGGAGCAGGAAGGUUAUCUCGCAAAACAUGCUGUUAGCGAAGAGGACAGACAGGCUGCCGAAGAGACUAGAUCGAUUGCAAACAGUCGCCCAGAUGCUAUGCAGGGUCUGGAAAGUUUGGACGUGGCUGGCCCCAAACAAGCGUAA